CCGCGCGUUUUGCGUUGCGCCGAAACGUAAUUUGGAUCUUUCAUUUAUCUCCUGUGAAUUUUGUGUUAUUCGCGGCGAAAAAUCGGAGGAGACGAGCCAGCGCGUUAAUUAAAGAGCGACGAGAUUGAGUCGCAUCGGAUACAAAGUUAUUCUUUUUCGAUACACUUUGGAGAAGCAACCUAACUCGCUGGAGAGAAUGGAGGGCACGGGGAUGAUUACCGAAGUUCCUGUGCGUCAGGAAGGCAGGAAGCUGUGGCAGUAUCUUGCAGCCAUUUCCGCCUGCUUGAUGGCGCUCGCCGUUGGCACUGCUCUGGCUUGGACGUCUCCCGUUCUACCCCAGCUAUACAAGGAGAGCUCCUGGCUAGUUAUCACCAAAGAACAGGGUUCCUGGGUGAGCUCGUUGCUGGCUCUGGGCGCGAUACUGGGCGCUGUUCCAUCCGGACCAAUGGCCGACAAACUCGGUCGGAAGAAAACACUUCUUUUGCUGGCUGCUCCAUUUCUCCUAUCCUGGGUGAUCAUUAUAUUCGCCAAUAAAUUAUGGCUGAUCUACUUGGCUAGGUUCAUAAUUGGUGCCGCUGUAGGAGCAGCCUGCGUCGUCGUGCCAACUUACAUCUCCGAAAUUGCGGAAACUUCAACUCGGGGCUCUCUUGGUGCCAUGUUUCAGCUGUUUAUCACAGUUGGGAUCUUGCUGGCUUUUAUAUUCGGUGCCGUAAUGAACUACACGACGUUCGCUAUAGUCUGCGCCCUCAUAGAAGUCGGUUUCUUGGGCUCUUUUGUAUUCAUGCCGGAAUCACCUAUUUGGCUGGUGAACCAAGGACGGAAACCGGAAGCCACGCUAGCGAUGUCAGUCCUCCGAGGAGAUUCUUAUGAUCCAUCGGAGGAACUCGCAGAAGCACAGCGAGAAGCCGAACAAGCAGCAUUGAGAAAGUCAAGCGUAUUCGAUCUCGUACGAACCCCGGCAGCCAGAAAAGCUUUACUUGCUUCGUUGGGCGGCAUGUUCUUUCAGCAAUUGUCCGGCAUAAAUGCGGUGAUCUUCUAUACUGUUACUAUAUUCCAGGCAUCCGGAAGCUCAAUGUCACCGGAUGUCGCUUCUAUAAUCGUGGCAAUUGUUCAGAUGAUUACGACAGUAGUAGCAGCAAUGAUCGUAGAUCGUGCCGGAAGAAAACCGUUAUUAAUAUUUUCCUCGAGUGUCAUGAUGAUCAGUCUCGUGGCCCUCGGUUUGUAUUUCAAUACUAAGAUGAGAGGAAGUGAUGUCAGUAAUCUCGGCUGGCUACCACUCACAUCUCUAACGUUAUUCAUGAUCUCCUUUUCCGUUGGAAUGGGCCCGAUACCAUGGAUGUUGAUGGGUGAACUGUUUCCCGCGGAGACCAAAGCGGUAGCUUCCGGUAUCGCCGUGAUGCUGAACUGGUUCCUAGUGUUCUUAGUGACGAAGACCUUCCCCGCGAUGAACGAAGGUUUGGGCGCAGACGUUACUUUUUGGAUCUUUGCUACAAUCAUGGCGCUCGGUACUGUAUUUACGUACUUUUGCAUACCUGAAACCAAAGGAAAAACCUCCCAGGAGAUUCAAGAGGAAUUGCAGGGCAACGUGCGAUCGAAGAAGACAAACGCUUGAAUUGUAUUAACGAAAUUUUGACCUGCUUGUAGCGUGACAUAUGGACGAAUAAUAAAAAAAUUUUUUAUUAGCGACACAUUAAGAAAAGAACUGCCUAAAGAAUAUAAAC